AUGUUGAUAGGAUUUCUCCUAGUUUGUGCAACCGUGCUGGCAAAGAACAGCGGGAAGACCGCAUGCGUGGCGGCCUCUAACACAGCAUGCGCAGCAGCCCUGGACACGGCGGGCUGCAAGACCUGCGGCCCCGACGCCCAGACGUGCCUGGACUGCAAGACUCCUGGCGAGAACGUGCAGCUCGAUAAAAGAAGCUGCAAGGCCAACUGCCCGCAGAACUCCUCCCCCAACCAGAACGUCUGCGAGUGCGACCCGGGAUUCAGCCUGAACAAUGGAAAAGACGCGUGCGAGGCGGUUGCCAACGUCAACUGCGCAGCAGCCCUGGACACGGCGGGCUGCAAGACCUGCGGCCCCGACGCCCAGACGUGCCUGGACUGCAAGACUCCUGGCGAGAACGUGCAGCUCGAUAAAAGAAGCUGCAAGGCCAACUGCCCGCAGAACUCCUCCCCCAACCAGAACGUCUGCGAGUGCGACCCGGGAUUCAGCCUGAACAAUGGAAAAGACGCGUGCGAGGCGGUUGCCAACGUCAACUGCGCAGCAGCCCUGGACACGGCGGGCUGCAAGACCUGCGGCCCCGACGCCCAGACGUGCCUGGACUGCAAGACUCCUGGCGAGAACGUGCAGCUCGAUAAAAGAAGCUGCAAGGCCAACUGCCCGCAGAACUCCUCCCCCAACCAGAACGUCUGCGAGUGCGACCCGGGAUUCAGCCUGAACAAUGGAAAAGACGCGUGCGAGGCGGUUGCCAACGUCAACUGCGCAGCAGCCCUGGACACGGCGGGCUGCAAGACCUGCGGCCCCGACGCCCAGACGUGCCUGGACUGCAAGACUCCUGGCGAGAACGUGCAGCUCGAUAAAAGAAGCUGCAAGGCCAACUGCCCGCAGAACUCCUCCCCCAACCAGAACGUCUGCGAGUGCGACCCGGGAUUCAGCCUGAACAAUGGAAAAGACGCGUGCGAGGCGGUUGCCAACGUCAACUGCGCAGCAGCCCUGGACACGGCGGGCUGCAAGACCUGCGGCCCCGACGCCCAGACGUGCCUGGACUGCAAGACUCCUGGCGAGAACGUGCAGCUCGAUAAAAGAAGCUGCAAGGCCAACUGCCCGCAGAACUCCUCCCCCAACCAGAACGUCUGCGAGUGCGACCCGGGAUUCAGCCUGAACAAUGGAAAAGACGCGUGCGAGGCGGUUGCCAACGUCAACUGCGCAGCAGCCCUGGACACGGCGGGCUGCAAGACCUGCGGCCCCGACGCCCAGACGUGCCUGGACUGCAAGACUCCUGGCGAGAACGUGCAGCUCGAUAAAAGAAGCUGCAAGGCCAACUGCCCGCAGAACUCCUCCCCCAACCAGAACGUCUGCGAGUGCGACCCGGGAUUCAGCCUGAACAAUGGAAAAGACGCGUGCGAGGCGGUUGCCAACGUCAACUGCGCAGCAGCCCUGGACACGGCGGGCUGCAAGACCUGCGGCCCCGACGCCCAGACGUGCCUGGACUGCAAGACUCCUGGCGAGAACGUGCAGCUCGAUAAAAGAAGCUGCAAGGCCAACUGCCCGCAGAACUCCUCCCCCAACCAGAACGUCUGCGAGUGCGACCCGGGAUUCAGCCUGAACAAUGGAAAAGACGCGUGCGAGGCGGUUGCCAACGUCAACUGCGCAGCAGCCCUGGACACGGCGGGCUGCAAGACCUGCGGCCCCGACGCCCAGACGUGCCUGGACUGCAAGACUCCUGGCGAGAACGUGCAGCUCGAUAAAAGAAGCUGCAAGGCCAACUGCCCGCAGAACUCCUCCCCCAACCAGAACGUCUGCGAGUGCGACCCGGGAUUCAGCCUGAACAAUGGAAAAGACGCGUGCGAGGCGGUUGCCAACGUCAACUGCGCAGCAGCCCUGGACACGGCGGGCUGCAAGACCUGCGGCCCCGACGCCCAGACGUGCCUGGACUGCAAGACUCCUGGCGAGAACGUGCAGCUCGAUAAAAGAAGCUGCAAGGCCAACUGCCCGCAGAACUCCUCCCCCAACCAGAACGUCUGCGAGUGCGACCCGGGAUUCAGCCUGAACAAUGGAAAAGACGCGUGCGAGGCGGUUGCCAACGUCAACUGCGCAGCAGCCCUGGACACGGCGGGCUGCAAGACCUGCGGCCCCGACGCCCAGACGUGCCUGGACUGCAAGACUCCUGGCGAGAACGUGCAGCUCGAUAAAAGAAGCUGCAAGGCCAACUGCCCGCAGAACUCCUCCCCCAACCAGAACGUCUGCGAGUGCGACCCGGGAUUCAGCCUGAACAAUGGAAAAGACGCGUGCGAGGCGGUUGCCAACGUCAACUGCGCAGCAGCCCUGGACACGGCGGGCUGCAAGACCUGCGGCCCCGACGCCCAGACGUGCCUGGACUGCAAGACUCCUGGCGAGAACGUGCAGCUCGAUAAAAGAAGCUGCAAGGCCAACUGCCCGCAGAACUCCUCCCCCAACCAGAACGUCUGCGAGUGCGACCCGGGAUUCAGCCUGAACAAUGGAAAAGACGCGUGCGAGGCGGUUGCCAACGUCAACUGCGCAGCAGCCCUGGACACGGCGGGCUGCAAGACCUGCGGCCCCGACGCCCAGACGUGCCUGGACUGCAAGACUCCUGGCGAGAACGUGCAGCUCGAUAAAAGAAGCUGCAAGGCCAACUGCCCGCAGAACUCCUCCCCCAACCAGAACGUCUGCGAGUGCGACCCGGGAUUCAGCCUGAACAAUGGAAAAGACGCGUGCGAGGCGGUUGCCAACGUCAACUGCGCAGCAGCCCUGGACACGGCGGGCUGCAAGACCUGCGGCCCCGACGCCCAGACGUGCCUGGACUGCAAGACUCCUGGCGAGAACGUGCAGCUCGAUAAAAGAAGCUGCAAGGCCAACUGCCCGCAGAACUCCUCCCCCAACCAGAACGUCUGCGAGUGCGACCCGGGAUUCAGCCUGAACAAUGGAAAAGACGCGUGCGAGGCGGUUGCCAACGUCAACUGCGCAGCAGCCCUGGACACGGCGGGCUGCAAGACCUGCGGCCCCGACGCCCAGACGUGCCUGGACUGCAAGACUCCUGGCGAGAACGUGCAGCUCGAUAAAAGAAGCUGCAAGGCCAACUGCCCGCAGAACUCCUCCCCCAACCAGAACGUCUGCGAGUGCGACCCGGGAUUCAGCCUGAACAAUGGAAAAGACGCGUGCGAGGCGGUUGCCAACGUCAACUGCGCAGCAGCCCUGGACACGGCGGGCUGCAAGACCUGCGGCCCCGACGCCCAGACGUGCCUGGACUGCAAGACUCCUGGCGAGAACGUGCAGCUCGAUAAAAGAAGCUGCAAGGCCAACUGCCCGCAGAACUCCUCCCCCAACCAGAACGUCUGCGAGUGCGACCCGGGAUUCAGCCUGAACAAUGGAAAAGACGCGUGCGAGGCGGUUGCCAACGUCAACUGCGCAGCAGCCCUGGACACGGCGGGCUGCAAGACCUGCGGCCCCGACGCCCAGACGUGCCUGGACUGCAAGACUCCUGGCGAGAACGUGCAGCUCGAUAAAAGAAGCUGCAAGGCCAACUGCCCGCAGAACUCCUCCCCCAACCAGAACGUCUGCGAGUGCGACCCGGGAUUCAGCCUGAACAAUGGAAAAGACGCGUGCGAGGCGGUUGCCAACGUCAACUGCGCAGCAGCCCUGGACACGGCGGGCUGCAAGACCUGCGGCCCCGACGCCCAGACGUGCACGGCCUGUACAGAGGCUUCCAACAAUGUACAGAUUGACAAGAAGAGCUGCAAGGCCGACUGCCCGUCGAACUCUGCAGCCAACGGCCAGCACGUCUGCGAGUGCGCCGUUGGGUACCAGCCGACUCCCGGGCAGAACCAGUGCGAGAAGGCCCCUAACACGCAGUGCAAUACUCCCAACUGCAAGACCUGUGACAACCCCAAAACAGACAACGAAAUCUGCACUGAAUGUAAUGAUGGCAACUACCUCACCCCGACAAAGCAGUGCACGCAGAGCUGCGGAGCAAUAGGAAGCUACUACAACGGAGACAAAGUGUGCGAGCCUUGUGAUCCUAGCUGUGCUGGGUGCACCACAAAGGGGCCAGCGAAGUGCACAGCUUGUCCUCCCGGGAAAAUGCUAAAAUACACCAAUGAUGAUCCUAAUCAAGGUGGAUCCUGCGUAGAUGAGUGCAAAGCAGAGAUGGACGGGUGUGCAGAGUGUGGAGCGGUAAUCGGCGGUACGAAGUACUGUUCAAAAUGCAAGGAAGAUAAGUGGGCACCUCAGAAUGGCGUGUGCGCUAAUUCAGUAACAAGGAAUUCAUUCUGCACGAACGCAGCAGGUGGCGUAUGCACUCAGUGUGCUGCAGAUCAUUUUCUUCAAGAUGGAGGCUGCUAUAAACUCGGUAGACAGCCUGGUGUCCAGAUAUGUGCAGCGGCGGGUCCCAAUAGCCUGUGUACUACGUGCGUAAAUGGACAGAGACCAGAUACCAAUACUGGAGCCUGUCCUGUGUGUCCAACAGGUUGUGACACAUGUACAGGGACAUCCUCGCGGGCGCCCGAAUGCCAAUCUUGCCUUCUGGGAUACUAUUUCGAUUCUGAUAAAAAGCUGUGUGUGAAAUGUACCGAGAAUAGUAGUGCUAUUCAAGGUGUUAGCAGCUGUGUGAGCUGUAGUCCUCCAUCUAAUAAUCAAGGAUCUGUCGUCUGCUACCUCAUAAAUGAUAGCGGUAGCACAAACAAGAGUAGCAGGCUCUCCACUGGGGCCAUCGCUGGCAUCUCCGUUGCUGUGGUCGUUGUUGUAGGAGGGCUUGUUGGCUUCUUGUGUUGGUGGUUCCUCUGCCGCGGGAAGGCGUAG